GGCACCAGGGCCACAUUCCUCCUCCUCCUCUCUCCUCCCCCCUUCUCCCCAGCUAUUCACCAUUUUACACUCCUCUCUUCCCAGCCUGAACAUCGCUGCUGGAUCCUGGGUGACCCAUUAAUAAAGAGGGAAGAAAGAAAGGCAGAGGGCUGCAAAAGUCUGCGCCCCUCCAGCUGGAGCGACCGAGAUCUGGGCGAUCUAGAUCUGUGCGAGGAGCAGAGGGCGAGCUCCAGGCCGGUUAUAAAUAGCAGCCAAGGGCCACAGAGCCUCCUCCAGGCUCCACUGCCCAGAGGGGGACUUCCAGGAGGAGGGAGACACUUGGAGAACCACAGCCAGGAGGAGAAGGAGUUGGGUGAAGGACAGGAGUGACUUCUAAGGCAAAGAAGCUGGAAGGGAGAAGAAAACCGAUCAAUACCAAGGAAGAGACCCAUUACUAGCCAAGACCAGGGAGAUGGAUGAACAAGGAAGGCUACUCCAGAGCAGGGGGGUUGGAAUUCCAGGGCACCCUCUCCAUGGGGGACCCCAAACCCUCACCCCCCACCCCAUGCACGACACCUCAGCGGACAAUGGGGAGCCCAGGAAGCAGGAUAUUGGCGAUAUAUUGCAACAGAUCAUGACUAUCACUGACCAGAGCCUGGAUGAGGCCCAAGCAAAGAAACACGCCUUAAACUGCCAUCGGAUGAAGCCGGCCCUCUUCAGUGUACUGUGUGAGAUAAAGGAGAAGACAGGUCUCAGCAUCCGAAACAAUCAGGAAGAGGAGCCUGUUGACCCUCAGUUGAUGCGCUUGGACAAUAUGUUGCUGGCAGAAGGUGUAGCAGGACCAGAAAAGGGAGGUGGGUCCGCAGCGGCGGCUGCAGCAGCUGCGGCGUCUGGUGGAGUCUCUCCAGAUAACUCUAUAGAACAUUCGGAUUACAGGAACAAACUCUCCCAAAUCAGGCAAAUUUACCAUGCGGAGUUGGAGAAGUACGAGCAGGCAUGUAACGAGUUCACCACACACGUCAUGAACCUUUUAAGAGAACAGAGUCGAACCAGACCUAUCUCUCCCAAAGAGAUUGAGAGGAUGGUCGGGAUUAUCCAUAGAAAGUUUAGUACAAUCCAAAUGCAGCUCAAGCAGUCCACAUGUGAAGCAGUCAUGAUCCUUCGCUCUCGGUUCUUAGAUGCAAGACGAAAGAGGAGGAAUUUUAGUAAACAGGCAACAGAAGUCCUUAACGAGUACUUCUACUCACACCUCAGUAACCCUUACCCUAGUGAAGAGGCUAAAGAGGAACUUGCAAAGAAGUGUGGUAUCACUGUAUCACAGGUGUCCAACUGGUUUGGGAAUAAAAGAAUUAGGUACAAGAAAAACAUUGGAAAAUUUCAAGAGGAGGCCAACAUCUACGCAGUGAAGACAGCCGUUACUGUAACGCAGGGAGGUCACAGUGGAGCAAAUUCUCCAACGACACCAACAUCUGCCGGUUCUGGUGGCUCAUUCAACUUGUCUGGAUCUAAUGACAUGUUCAUGGCGAUGCAGGGCUUAAACGGGGAUUCUUACCCCCCUUCACAGGUGGAGUCCUUGCGUCACACGAUGGGCCCUGGUUACAGUGACAGUUUAUCAGCAAAUCAAAUAUACAGCCCUCGGGAGAUUCGGGCCAAUGGAGGGUGGCAAGAGGCCGUUACCCCUUCCUCGGUCACUUCCCCAACAGAAGGACCAGGCAGUGUACACUCUGACACCUCUAACUGAGCACUCUCCUCCUCUCUAUGCUUCUCCCCUAUCACCCCUCCAACAAACUAUGGUCUGUCCAUGAACCGAACUCCGUAACUUUGGUCUAAACGGGAUAGAGAGUGUGGGACCUCUCUUUCUUUCCGUACCCUCUUACUCUCACCACUUUGUUGAAAAGGGCAUCUAUGCCGCAAGCGGGAUCCAGUCAAAAAGGCUAAAGAUCAUGACAUUAAUGGAAGAUGAUGGCUUCUCGAUUUCCAAAAAGGAAGUGGACAUUGAAAUAUUAUCCUGCUUCAAAGAUAUCCACCACUUACCCUGUGUGUUGGAACGAUAUGAAUGUAUUACAUAACCAUAUCUUCAUGGGCUGGAAAAAUAAUGUGUAAAAAAAAAUUGGUUAGGUGGAGGGGACAUCCGGCCCAAGUAAAGAGGAGGUGGAAGAGGGGAGUUGCUUGUAGGGGACAAACAAAGGAAAAGAGUGUUUAUUAAAGAGGGAAAAUGACACAGGUUACAAAACGUGGCAAACCUAAGAGACAAAAGGAUUAAGCAAAAACGAGGGAAGGAGAUGGUGUGGAGAAGCAAAAUGAGGAGGAGCAACUCGAAUACAGGCAUCACAAAAAAUCUAGAAAAUAAAAAAAGAGCUACAAAGAGGAGGGAAAGCAAAAAGUACACAAGACUUUAUUACUCCUCACUCCUUCCCUCCAGAGUCUACCCAGAAUCCUUUGAGGCUCAGCCAAUCAAAGAACAGCGUUAUUACCUCAUAGCGGCUCACAUAACCAAUAGAGAAGACUUUUUUUUCUUUUCUUUUUCUUUUUGAGUUUUCUUUUUUGUUCACGCGUUCGCAAGUUUGACUACCUCCAAAGGGAAAAAAAAUAAAAUUAUAUAUAUCUCUCACUUCUGCACGGGGGGGAUGGCAGUGAGGUGUGUGAGAAUUUUUGUCUCCCUCUAAACCCCUUCACUCCCCCUUAUUUUUUUUUUCUAUUUUUUGGGGUGUUGGGUUAUGAAUAUGGUUGGUUUUAGAAAAUGUUGUGUUUUUUUUUGGGGGGGGAGGAGGGGCGGGGAUGUUUAUUUUCAUAUUACUUUUGGAGAAAAAGUUACAGAACUGGAGAGGGGGGGUACGUGUGUGGGUGUACAUAUGUAUUAAACUCCUUUCAUGGGUUAUGAAUCGGUGUGUGAAUGAAUGCUCAGGAACGGAUGUAUACUUGUACAGACAACUGUAUUUUACACUCUAAAUAUACACACGGGGAAGGGAUGACUAUUUGGUGCUUGACCGAAUAAAGCAGAAGAACAUUUCUACAAACUACUGAGUAGAACAGACGUGUUGUGAAUUGAUGGCACUUUGUGGGCACCACUUUUCAUAACCUGCCCCUUUAAGUGGCUUACAGAUAUCAUUACAUAUUAUGCUUCUCAGGGAGAUAUUGCAGUAUUUCUUGACAGGCCAUGAAUGCCGAAGAGCAAUCUUUCCCCUGGAGGGAGGUAAGUGCCAUCUAGGCACAACGUAGAACCACUUACAUCA